GACUCUGAAGUCCAUGAUGGAAGAAAAUAUAGUGAAACUGUCCUAAAAAUAUUAAGUAAGAACUUAGGAACUGUCACAGAAAAGAAGAAAAAAUUAAGUUGUGAAUUCUGUGGUAAAGGUUGGACCUAUCAGAGUCAAUUGUUGAUGCACAUGAGAACUCACACAGGUGAGAGGCCGUACUCUUGUCAAACAUGUGGGAAACAUUUCAGUAAACAGAGUAAUUUGUUGGUCCACAUGAGAACUCACACAGGUGAGAGGCCGUAUUCUUGUCAAACAUGUGGGAGAAGCUUCGGUUCACAGGGUUGUUUAUCGCGUCACAUGAGAACUCACACUGGUGAGAAGCCGUAUUCUUGUCAAACAUGUUGGAAAAAUUUCUCUACGCAGGGUCAUUUGUUGGUCCACAUGAGAAGUCACACAGGUGAGAAGCCAUAUUCAUGUAAAACAUGUGGGAAAAGUUUCAGUCAACACACUUGUUUAUCGCGUCACAUGAGAACUCACACAGGUGAGAAGCCGUAUUCAUGUAAAACAUGCGGGAAAAGUUUCAGUACACGGGGUUAUUUGUCGGUCCACAUGAGAACUCACACAGGUGAGAAGCCAUAUUCAUGUAAAACAUGUGGGAAAAGUUUCAGUAAUCUGAGGCCUUUGGUAAUCCACAUGAGAACUCACACAGAUGAGAAGCCAUAUUGUUGUCAAACAUGUGGGAAAAGUUUCGGUACACAGAGUUGUUUAUUGCGUCACAUGAGAACUCACACAGGUGAGAAGCCGUAUUCUUGUCAAACAUGUGGGAAAAGUUUCACUACACAGAGUAAUUUAUUGGUCCACAUGAGAACUCACACAGGUGAGAAGCCUUUUUCUUGUCAAGCAUGCGGGAAAAGUUUCAGUCAACAGACUUGUUUAUCGCGUCACAUGAGAACUCACACAGGUGAGAAGCCGUAUUCAUGUAAAACAUGUGGGAAAAGUUUCAGUGCACAGAAUAAUUUUUUGGCCCACAUAAGAACUCACACAGGUGAGAAGCCAUAUUCAUGUAAAAUAUGUGGGAAAAGUUUCAGUCGUCAUAAUCCUUUGGUGGUCCACAUGAGAACUCACACAGAUGAGAAGCCGUAUUCAUGUAAAACAUGUGGGAAAAGUUUCGGUUCACAGGGUUAUUUGUUGCGUCACAUGAGAACUCACACAGGUGAGAAGCCGUAUUCUUGUGGCACAUGUGGGAAAAGUUUUGAUCGUCGUAGUUCAGUGCUGCACCAUAUGAAAGUUCACAAAGAGAUGAAGUGAUGAAAGACUCUGAGAACUCUUGUUCAGGAAGUCCAGCUUGAACCAGAAAUCACAAGUUUUCUUCCAGUUUAAAGGAAAUGUCAUUGAUAUAAACACUGUUGAGAUUCUGCUUCAGAAAAAAAAGGUUUCUGGUUCAUAAUAAUUCAUUGUUUUUAUGUAGUGCUUUUCAGAACACUGAGAGUCCCUUUUUUAAAGUAGAAGAUGUAAAUAAAUGUAGUGUUAAAUGGCACAGAGGCUGAUAAACCAUCCCCUGGUUGUUGAAUGAAUCUUUAGCGCCAUAGCGCCACGAGAGGGCGCUAUGGCGCUGCCCCACCACUCGUCACUCACCCCUCACCUCAUUAUCAUUCAUAUUCACAAAAAAACAUAAAAAAUUAAAUAAUAAAUUACAAAUAUUAUGGAGUGAAUGUUUAUUUUUCUAUGAGUAUAAUAAAAGAUCUAUGUGAUGGAGUCACUCUGACGGGGACCACGGCGCAGCGCAGGCACUCAUUACAACACACAUUAACACUCACCUGUGUCUUUUCUCCGUCUGCUCCGUUUCCCGCAUAUUCGGACAUUGUUAUUCACCGCAGUAGUCGUGGGCACACACUCGACCACUAACAAAUCAUCUUCCUGCCAUAAUCUUUUCACCCUGCAAACUUUUUCACCAGUAUUCACGUCCCAUUCACAUCCUCCCACGGGCAAACCGAGCGCCGUGUUCACUUCCUGUUUAUAGGCCGUCAGAUGGGGAAACCCGGAAGUGACGUCAUGAUGACGUCACCGAAAGGUGCCGAUUUCGGCGUGUAAAUAAUCUAUUUUUAUUGCUGACCUAUUUUGAGAUGCAGUGGUAUGACUGUUUCUGCAUAUUUUUGGACAAAUUAUCAUGAAUUUAUUAUGGGCAUUUAUGUUUUGUAGGAGAAAACUUUGAUUUUCAUUGUUAAUUACCUGAGGGGAGGGGCCUGUGGUGUUAAAAGGAGACCAACCUCCACCUGUGGAGACAGAGAGAGACAGACUUCACUCUGAUGGAGAGAGUGGGAGCCUGCAAACAUUGGGUUUGCAUUGUUACACUGGAGGUAACUGAAAGACCAAGAUCUUUUCAAGAAUUUCCUUUUUUUUUUCCCCCCUACUCCUAUUGUAAAUAGUUUUUGAGCUCCUCAUUUUGUUCUGCACUUUGGGAUUACGUUUGGUAAAAUAAACAUACUAAACAUCA